AUGAAUUAUCGGGUAACAGUUUUCUGCGUGGUAGUGGCGGUCUGUGCUGCUGUUCCUCAACAGAAUCCACAGGAUGUGCAGAUACUGCGGUUUGACAGUGACGUACAACCAGACGGCUAUAGCUUUGCGUAUGAAACCAGUGACGGAACAUCAAGGCAAGAAGAAGGAAAACUUGACAACCCACAGUCAGAAAAUGCCGCCCUCACAGUAACUGGACAAUAUGCUUAUGUAGCCCCAGAUGGCAAGCGGUAUACAGUAACCUUCACCGCCGGUCCCAACGGCUUCCAACCGAAGACAUCCCUUGGACAAAAAUAA